AGCUGGGCCCGGCUCAGCUUGCUGCGCGCGUCCUGGCCGGGCCGCCUGCCGGGUCAGCCAGCCGAGGGGAUGUUGACUGCCAUCGAUAGCGCCCUUGCGGGCGCAAUUGACGUCGUCGCCGAUGACGUUAGCGCCACCAUGAAGAGCCUGAAGGAGAAAGGUUGGAAGGGGACCUUGUCAGACGCCGUAGAGGACGCCGCAUCCCUGGUCAAGGACACCGCUGUCGGCGCCAUCUCGAGGGGCGCGGGUGCCCUGACCGGAAAGACCGCAGCCCCAGCGCCUGUUUCUGGCCAUUCAGGCAUCCAGUCCGACUACGCGAACGUGCUUGCAGGGCAGCCGCGCUUCCAGUACGACGGGCCGGGCGCGAAGCCGUCGGCACCGGCCGCACAGGGAGGUAGCUUCGGUGGAAUCCAGCGCGGCGCUGGCAUCAACAAGCCGGCAACCACGGCGGGUUUUGGUCCAGGCAUCGGCAUCCAGCGCGCUAGCCCUGGCGGCUACACAGGCCCCAGCCCUGGAUGUUUCACGGGCGGCACUGCCACCAAGCAAGGAGGUGUCGCCGCAGGCUUCGCUGCUGCAGGGGCCUUUGGCAGCCCACCCAACGGCGCGAUGCCUCCGAUGCCGGCGCCCACGGCGGGGUUCCCAGCGCCAACGCCACGAGCGGCCCCGCACUUCCCUCCAGGGGCGGUUCCUGGCUACCAGCCGAGCCCGGCGUACGCGCAGCAGCCGACCAGCACGGCGUCGUCCAACAAGGGCCCUCCGCUGUCGGCGCCUGCGCUGGCGAGCAGGUUCCAGGCGAUCAAGUCGAGGCACCAGGCGAACAACGCAUGCUUCGACUGCGGCGGGCCCAAUCCCGAGUGGGCCAGCGCCUCCUUCGGCAUCUUCGUGUGCAUCGGCUGCAGCGGUCACCACCGCCGACUUGGAACGCACAUAUCACGCAUCCGCAGCUGCGUGAUGGAUUCCUGGACCGACCAGGCGC